CGCCGCUGGCGCCGGCCGACCACCCGGCCGGCCGCCAGCCGGAGCCGCUGCCGCUGCAGGCGCGCGAGCCGCGCGUCCGGCAAUGCGGCUACAAGUUCAGGCACGGCACCAACGUACCAGGUGUGUGGUCGGACGCCAGCCGCCAGUUCGGCGUGGCCACGUGGCUCACACGCGAGCACCUGCACCGCCACGCCAGCUACUACGGCCAGCACGCGGCCGCCGACCGGCCCGACGCGCUGCACGCGCAGGGCUGUCUGGCCGGCUUCGCCACCUGCCUGGCGCAGGCCUGCAACCUAGGCUUCUCGCCGCUGACGGAGCUGACGUACCCGCUGACGUCUCAGACGGUCGUCACCGACGGCCGGCUCUGGUCCUUCUACGCGUACCAGCUCAACACCACGGCGGCGCUGCUGGCGCUGCCCGAGCUGGGCGCGCCCGGCAACACCUGCUGGGGCACCCCCGAGAUGGCGCUGUACGAGCGCGUCACCGACGCGGGGGUGGAGGGCCUCAAUGAAGACGUGCUAAAGAAGCUACUGCAGAUGUACCUGCUGAGGACGAGCGACAGAGACGGCAUCGAGCUGCGGCCGUACCUAGACCCGACGCGCAGUCUCGACGCCCUGGAGGAUGACUGGCUGCGAACACGCUACCGCGAGACCUUCUUCCACGUCAUGUCCAACCGGCCGCGCCAUCGGCUCAAGGACGAGAUCUACCUCUGGGAACGCAUCUACAAGGUGCAGUUCCAGACGCGACCGAUGGAGGCGAGGAAGCGCUUCUUCGAGCUCAAUCAGUUCCCAGGCGACAGAAGACUGGACGAGUUCGUGCCGCGGUACGUGCCGCGUGUGCUGCGUGAGGACGUGCCGGCCAGGGAGCGGGCCGCCUCCAAGCAUGAGCGCAACGUGUUCCACGAGAUGGCCAAGCUACGCGGCAACCGCAGCGAGGACCCCAAGUUCAUGCAGGAGCUGGCUGAGCUGGAGAAUUGGAGGCGCGAGUAGGGCUGGCUGGGUGCAGUGAGACGGGUGGAAGUCGGUGGGAGGGGACGGAUGCUUGUGAGAGCGGAUGGAAGCCAGUGAGGAUGAGACAGGGUGUGAUGACGGUGAUAUAAAUGUGUGAUGGCGGUGACGCUGUCGUUGAUGCCAAGGAAUAAACGCCUUGUAUGUA